CCCACGAGAAAUCUGCGUAACCCUAACCCUAGAUCGACGCUACGAUGUCGUCUACGUCAGGGCAGCAGCAGUUUCGCUACGAUGUCGUCUACGUCAGGGCAACAGCAGUUUCGCUACACCCAGACGCCAUCGAAGGUGCUUCACCUGAGGAAUCUGCCAUGGGAGUGCACCGAUGAGGAUCUCGUCGAGCUCUGCAAGCCAUUCGGAAAGAUCGUCAACACCAAGUGCAAUGUUGGGGCAAAUCGCAACCAGGCCUUCGUUGAGUUUUCCGACCUUAACCAAGCAAUCUCAAUGGUUUCAUACUGUGCUUCAUCAUCUGAGCCUGCACAAGUUCGUGGCAAAAUCGUGUAUAUACAAUACUCAAAUCGACAAGAGAUUGUGAACAAUAAGAGUACUGGUGAUAUUGCUGGGAAUGUUUUGCUUAUUACUAUUGAGGGUGUUGAAGCUGGUGACGUUAGCAUAGAUGUCAUUCAUCUGGUAAGCUUGUUCUGCAUUAAAUUUGUUUCACCUCAUAGUGCUCAAUACACAUUUUAUAUAGAGAAGACCAGGGGGCUGGGGUCCCAGUUGAAGGCAUACCAGUACCCCAUUUCCCCAGCAAUAUCAUCUGGUUAGAUUGAAUGAUAAUGACUUAUAAUUCAUUUAUCGGAAGUCAAAAUCCUAAUCUUUUCUAUCUUCUUAUUUCCUGUUGUGGCUUCAUCAAAUAUGAAU